AUGUUCGUGAAAGUCUCUGCUGUUCUUGUGCUUCUCGCCGUCUCCGCCCACGCCGGAUUCUUCGAUGAUAUUCAAGGAGUCUCAUCGGAUGUCGGCAACUUCUUCUCCAACCAAUUCCAAAAUGCGAAGGAUUUGUUCUCAAACAAUCAGAGUGAAUUGGACAAAAAUGUGGAGAGAGUCAAGGAGUUGUUGACUGGAUUGAAGGAGAAGGUCAAGAGUUUGGAGCCAUUGGCCAAUGAUGCACAGAAGGAGACAUUGAAGAAGGUUGAUGAGUAUUUGGCUAAGGUCACCGAGUUCCAGAGCGAGGUCAAGGAAGAAGGAGCCGCCAAAUUCGAGGAGAACAAGGGCAAAUGGCAACAAAUGGUGACUGAUAUCUUCGAUAAGGGAGGUCUCAACAACGUCGUCAAGCUCCUCGGUCUCCAGAACUCUGCUCCGUCUUCGUUCAUCUCCGCUGCCCUUGCUCCAAUCUUCUACAUGAUCUUCGUUCGCUAA